AAUAAACGAGUGAAACAGACUUAUUUUGGACCAAUCCUUGACUUCUUCCUUAAUAAGGGGCGUCCUUGAUAAAAUCUAAUUACACAUACAAACACCAAAAAGGAAGAAGAUUCAUUAAGCACACAACACCGUCCACAUUCAUCACAAAACCAUAAACAGGAAAGAGAAGACUACCAUUUAUGAUGAUGUCUGCGACAGGCAGUUCAAAUAUUUUCUGGCAUGAAUGCCCAGUUGGGAAGGUAGAUCGACAAAAGUUACUUAACCAGCAGGGUUGUGUUGUCUGGAUUACGGGUCUUAGUGGAUCAGGUAAAAGUACUCUUGCAUGCUCAUUGGACAGGGAAUUGCACUCCAAGGGUAAGCUCUCAUACAUUCUUGACGGAGACAAUGUUAGGCAUGGAUUAAACAAGAAUCUUGGUUUUAAGCCAGAAGACCGAACUGAAAAUAUACGCAGGGUUGGUGAAGUUGCAAAGCUCUUUGCAGAUGCUGGACUGAUAUGCAUCGCGAGUCUCAUAUCUCCAUACAGAGAUGACCGUGAUGCAUGUCGUGCAAUGUUGCAAGAUCCUAAUUUUGUUGAGGUUUUCAUGAACAUGCCUCUUGAAGUAUGUGAAGGAAGAGACCCUAAAGGUCUCUACAAGCUUGCACGUGCUGGAAAGAUAAAAGGUUUUACUGGGAUAGAUGAUCCUUAUGAACCACCACUGAAUUGUGAGAUUGAAAUAAAACAGAAAGAUGGAGUUUGCCCUGCACCGUCUGAGAUGGCUGUACAAGUAGUUUCAUACCUAGACCAGAAAGGAUUCCUGCAAGCUUAGUAAUCAAUCCUCAUCGGAAAUUUCAUCCUUCUGUUGGUUAUGAAAAUCUGUAUAUAUACUUUCUCUAUAAUGGAAAAGUUAAAAUCUCUAGUAGUACUGCAACUCUAGUAGUUAUCUUAGUUGAUGGCUCUACAUGCCAUGGUAAAACAAAGCUAUAGUUAUACAUGUCUGUUCCUUGUUGAAAAAAAAGCUUCAGCUCGACUCAAUCAUCUUCAUGUGACAGAACAAUCCAGAUAUAAAAGUUUGCUUCUCAA